UGAGGUACCGUCAAUGUGUGCAUCUUAAAGUUACAUGUAACUCAUCAAGUGUCUUGUUUAAAUACCUACAUGCUUUCUGUCGCGAAUUCUGACAAUUUUUUUUGUUUUCACCUAAGAUCUAACCUAGAUAUUUGAAAGGAAUCCCAUUCCAAGCAGGGAAAUAUUACAUAACUGACAGGGUGGUCAGCUCAGCUGCAGGUCUCAUAACACUACUACUGUACGAAUCCAGUAUGAUGAAAGGCAUGCGUCUCAUGCUGUGUUGAUAGCAAGAGACUUGAUCUGUGAACAGAGAUUGUCCAUUACUUACAUGUACGCCUCUCCUGUCAUGAGUAGCCCAGGGUCCAUCUGGCGCCAUCACUAAACUAGACUCGGAUGAGUAGAAUUGUCAGGUCAUCAUGGAUACCGAUGAAGACCUCGCCUUAGCACUACAACUUCAGAAUGAAUUUGAUGAGGAGUCUCCAGCAGUUGCUUUGAUAAAGCCAGCUGACCAUGACCAUUCCAAACUUUCUCCUGUUGACCCCAGCUGGGAAUACCUUGACCCAAUUCCGGACAUCAGGGCACUAUUUCUCCAGUUCAACGAUCAGUUUUUCUGGGGUAGACUGGCAGGAAUUGAAGUUCGCUGGAGUCCAAGAAUGACAUUAUGUGCUGGGCUGUGCUGCUAUGAGGGCCGAGGAGGCCUUUGUUCAGUACGUUUGAGUGUGCCUCUACUGAAACUUCGACCAAGGAAAGACUUAGUGGAAACUCUUUUGCAUGAGAUGAUCCAUGCUUAUCUGUUUGUGACAGACAACAAUAAGGACCAUGAUGGACAUGGACCUGAGUUCCACAAACACAUGUAUCGGAUAAACAAAGACACUGGAUCUAACAUCUCGGUAUACCACACAUUCCAUGAUGAAGUUGACAACUACAGACAACACUGGUGGCGAUGUACUGGCCCUUGUAGGCAGCGAAAACCUUACUUUGGUUAUGUUAAACGUGCCAUGAAUCGAGCACCCUCAGAAAGAGACCCCUGGUGGAGGGAUCAUAAAAACAGCUGUAACGGUGUAUUUGAGAAGGUCAAGGAGCCAGAGGGAUAUGGGAAGAAAAAGAAAGCAUCAGGAAAGUCAGAAGGCAUGGACAUCAAAAAACGUGAGAAAGGCAAGGAAAUCAACAAAAACAUGGAUAUCCGCCUGUUUGGUGGGAAGGGAAAUGUACUGAGUACAGACAAAGGAAAAGAUAGCUCUCAAAAUGUCAGCAAUAAAAAAGUGACUGCUACAAAUAGUAACAAAAUCCAAAAGACACUAACAGGAAGGAUGAACGGAAAUAGAAAUGUCUCAGUGAUGAAAGGAGAAAACAAAUCUCCUGUAACAUCAACAGUGACUAGUGGAGAAAUUACACCUAAAACACUGGUGAAUGGCGUUCUUUCUAAGAAAUUACAUGUAAAUGAUGUAACUACUGGGUCAGAUUCACUUGACCUUUCAGGGUCAAGGUCAUUGAAUCAUGUGUCCACACAACCUGGAUACCAUGGAAACCAUAUUAUUAAAGAGACUAGUCAUGUGUCACUUUUAGAUUCAGACGAGGAGGAUCUCUCACAGGUCUGUAAACUGACAUCCACAAAUCUUAUUGCACUGGAUAGAGCCAGCAGCAAACUGACCAGUGAUCAAGAAGAUGUGAAAUCCAAACUUCGGGAAGUGUGGACCAAAAGAUUCAAUACAUCAGCCACUGUGUCAGGCUUACCUGCUCUAUGCAGACCAAAGAAAAGGACACAAGAUUCGGAACCAAAGCUGUUCAACCCUAGUGCAGCCAAAAGGUGUAGAAGUGAUGAGGACAAUGAGACAAGGAUAGAUGGAAUCUUCAAUACAUCACAGAGUGAUCAGAAUUUACCAUUAUUAAGUAGACUUGAAAGUAAAUCACUGAAUUCUAGUUCUCAAAAAUGUAUCAAUUCUACAACUAAUGUGCCUGCUUCAGAUAGUCAAAAUACAUCAGUUUUAGGUAACAAAAAAUCAACAGGUAAAAAAACCAGUAUUCCAGGUAAAAAGAAGACUUGUGUGAGUGGCAUUGACAGUAGUCAAAAUACUGUGAGUGGAAUGUUUAGUAAAAUGAGAUCACCAGAAAAGGACAAGAAAGACAUUAUUAACGAUGGAGUUCUCUCCCUUCCAUCCGCCUCUCCUACUUUUCAUGAAUGCCCAGUGUGUACAAAGCUUGUGCUUGAAGCAGAGAUGAAUGAUCAUUUGGAUUUGUGUUUAUCAUCUUGAUACAGAGAGGGGAGAUAAUUUGUUUUAAGAGAAAUGGUGCUACAUUUUACUGUAUUGAAUGUUUGUGUUGAUUUCAAUGCAGAAAGUGAGAGAGGGGAGAUAAUUCACCAUAAAAGUAAGUGAAGAUGUAUGUGAUAAUAAUAUUUCAAAGUCUUCCACUACUUAUUUCCAUGGUGCUAAGAACAAAAAAUGCUCAGGUAUUCUUGACUUAUAUAGAUGUUU